AUGACAGAAAGCGUUUCCUCCGAGCGGAAAUGGAGCGAAGCGAAUCUCCGGAGAAAGGGUCAUCUGGAGUCGUUGAACGUGGACUGGCUAACCAGAACCAACAGUCCGGUGCCACAACAACACUCUGAUAGCUCAGAUUCAAACGUGGAGAAGGAACAAAAUCACUCCGUUAAUGCUUCGAAGCAAUCCGAGAAAUUAUCUCGGCAAAAUGUUCUCAGCGAGAGAUCUACGUCAGCCUCCGGUGUUUCGCGAGCUGCAUCACCCAGAUCGUCAGUUCCAAACUUAUCAGCGACUUCGAAUGGUGAUAUUAGGGAGCGAAGAAGCUCCGCAUCCGAUUCCAGAGGCACAAAUGAAUACUCUUUAUACACGUUGAAUCCCUACGACCAGGGUCUUGCAGUUCGGCGAACUAAGUCGCUGUCGUUGAACUCCAGCGGGCACAUGGACGACUCCAAGCGUGAGAAACCUGGCUUUUUGAGAUCACUGUUCGGUCGCAAAAAGAAAGACGACACCAAGAGAGAUUCAUCCAGGCGAAGUAGUAUGAGCUCGGAUGGAAACAACAGCGAGACCGGUGGCAGAAGCUUUCAGUCCAAUACCUCACAAGGAAAUGACGCAGCCGCAGCCAAACAAAAUCUCGAAUCGGCUUCAUCCCUUGGGGGGAACAAGGAAACAUCGUUGGAGCCCGUGAUGCCCCCACUGGGCAGGUCGAAAACAGCACCCUUAGAACACGAAAAUGACGACAAUUAUAGACUGGAUGAAUUCUUACAGCGCUAUAGGGCUAACUCAUUUGUCACAGACUCUUUGGACCAUAAGCUUCCGCCCCCCAAAAGUGCGAAGUCUAACGCCACGUUUUCGAUAGAUGAGGAUGUGGAGUCUACGGCGGUUUCAAAGUCGCAGCGUCGUGUUGAUGCCAAAGGACGGCCAAUCCCCUCUCAUCCUCGUCGGUCGAGGCUCCCCCCUGCAAUCAAGAAACAACCUUCCUUUGCGCGUUCCGAGCACAAUAGGCGUCUAAGCACCACUGCUGCCUCCCCUACCAACAAAUUUGGCGCAUUUUUAAAAAGAGUCACUUCACAUACCGAUGAUCCUUCUUCGAGAGCUUCUUUGUCUGACUCGGAUACAGAGUCAAGUGAUGAAGAUCCUCCAAGAAGACACAAAGUUAAGCAGAAGGUCAACAUUCCUGGUUUGGAUAAGGUCAAACCCUUGCGGAAAGUUUCUUUUGCGACGAACACUUAUUUCAACGAUCCUCCGCAACAGAUUUGCAGCAAAAAUCCGAGGAGGGGAGAGGUCGAGGUUAAUCCUGAUGGCUCAGUGAUAAUUCAUAGGCUCACUCCUGAAGAAAAGCGCGAAAUUUUGCAGAAGACAACUUCAGGAAUUGUUGUCGGUGGUUCCGGUCAUUUAAAGCUUCUCAGCAAUCCAACUAUAAACGAGACUGAUAUGAAGAAGAGAGAAGAGAAAAAGCCGGAGGUUGCACCUAGCGAGGCUAAGAAUGGAGUUGAAGUCGCUAACAACACCGAUCGGCCAGCUAAGUCUGCGCAGUCUCGAGCAAGGAAAAAUUCAAUAGAGGCUAGCAAGUCUUUGCCCAACAAUGAGGAAGAAGUUUCUGUUUCCAAAACAGCAUCAGAAGUCAAAAUUGAUAAACCUAUGAUGAGUAGACGCUCAGCUGCCUCUUUAAAUUCGACUGCAUCUGUGAGCGAUGAUGAAGAUAGCACUGUUUACCCACCACAGGAUGCUAAAGUCCCACUCGACAUAGUGUACACACGUUGUUGUCAUCUCCGAGAAAUUUUACCCAUUCCUGCAACCUUAAAACAGCUCAAAAAAGGAUCGACUGACCCAAUCCCGCUGUUGCAGUUGAGGAACCCGAAGCCAUCUCUCAUAGAGGUUUUAUCUUUCAGCGACUUUUUGAGCGUGGCCCCAGUGCUAUGUUUAUCUUUGGACGGCGUGAGCCUCAGUGUUGAAAUGCUCAAUGUUAUAUUGUGUGCAAUUGUGCAAAAGAAGGAGUUUGAGAAGCUGUCUCUUAGAAAUGCAAAGCUGGAUCCCGAAGGUUGGAAGGUACUAUGCUACUUUGUCGCCCAAUGCAAGAGCUUAAGCUCACUGGAUUUGACAAUGGUUCCCGGGGUCUCCAUUAAUGUUCAGAAACCGUCAAAAUCCUCUCAAAAGUCUAGCGUGAUGCGAAUGGAAUCUUCCUUGCAGAAUAGAAAGGACAUGAAUUGGGACCUAUUAACGGCUUCUCUCACAACCAAUGGUGGUCUCGAAGAAAUUAUAUUAUCUGGUGCUAAGAUGUCGUUGCAACAAUUCAAGAAUUUUAUUGAACUUGGCUGUAUCAGUACCGAACGACUAGGGCUGGCUUAUAAUGAAUUGACAGCUGAACAGUGCACUUUGCUAGCAGAAUGGUUGGCUCAAUCUAAUGUUACGGGGAUUGAUAUGGGUUACAAUGAUCUUCGUGGUAAGCUUGACAUGUUUUCGACUACGCUGAUUGAGAAGAUGCAAUAUAAUAAUAACGUCUUCAAGUAUAUUUCACUCAAUUCUACCAAUUUGGAGGUUUCAGAAACCUCCGAGUCUACCAACAACGAGCUGUUGAGACUAAUCAGCAGUCUGUGUUAUUGUGACAACUUGAAGUUGCUAGAUCUUUCGAACAACCCUCAAAUUUUUCCUCAUAUUACUCGUCAUCUCACCAAUUAUUUGCCUGUCUUUGUAAAUUUGAUGCGCCUUCAGUUGGAUUACAACAAUAUACCUUCUACAUCUGUUGUGACCCUUGCAGAAGUUUUUCCAAUGUGCUCAAAGCUGAGUUAUGUUUCAAUGCAAGGAACUAAACUAGAUUCUGCAUCAGCCUGUGCCCUAGCUGCUGCAAUGCGCAAGAGUACGUCCCUAUUGACACUGGAUAUAGACGUCGAUGGUGUGUCAGAAAAAGUAAGAGAUAGAAUAUCUCUGUUUGGUCUAAGAAAUAUGGAAUCUGCUCUAAAAAAAGUUGAUAAUGACGCAAAUUCAGAUGAAAUGUCAGCUAAUUUGAAGUGCUUACAGAAAGAACUUUCUGUUCUUCUGACCGAAAAACCUAUGAAGAAGGAAGACUUAAAGGUUGUGGCCGAGAAUUUUGUGGCCCGUUUAACAAAGACUCGUUGUUUUAUCAACAAAAUGACAGAGGAUCUAUUCAAACUCCGUGUUGACGGAAAUUUGAGCACUAGUGGCAAAGAAACGCUCAUCAGAUUUUGUUUCAUUGAUGCUACGUUUGAAAGAGGUUUGAGACUACUUGCCCAGCGCUACACUGACCUCUCUCUUCCUAAUCAUCAGGAAACGAGUGUACAUCUGGGGGACCCUCGAAACAUUAAAAGAGCCGGCUCAUCAGCUACUCUGUCCUCAAAGCAAUUCACAGACAGUGGCCACUCCGCUUUGCUGCCUUUCCACCACCCACCUAUAGAGUACUCGGGUCCAGCCGAAGAUGCCGUGGAGAUAAAGGAAGAUGAAAGCGAUACGCCUGCUUCUCAUGCUCGAGAGCAGUUGAAGGAGGAAGGAAGUGUUUUGCGUAAGAGUCAGCACAUCAUGGAUCAAACUGGAUCUCACCAGCAUCAUAAACAACAACAUGAAGCCACUGGCCUUCCCAACGGGGUACGCAGAAAUUUGUUGUUAGAAGAUCCUAACUUGAGAAAUGCUGCCGCUAAUCUUGACAGCGAGCAGAUCAAGGAGUUUAUUCUGACAAACGAUAUUGCAUCAGUCACCCAAUUCCUGGAAGACCUUCGCGAUCAAGGAGUUAAUUUACAUGAACUUUUCAAGAAACGGCAAGAAGGUGAAUACGACGAGGAAACCGGUAAUUCUCAGCCACAUAUCACACGUCCCCUCAGCAACGCACUUCAGUCAAGCGUCCAGAAGAAAGAAAAAGAACAGGAUAUGGAUGAUGAAGAUGAACACACUGCUAUCCUGGACGCAAGUAACGAGGAGGACGCCUCUAUUGACAGAGUUUACGACGAGGUGCUUGACAACAUACAGAAAGUUCGAAAAUAUAGUCAAGGAUAA